AUGCACUUGCCGCUGGCUGCACUCCGAACGCUUGUGAGAGCGCCUGGCGCCGUGGAGGACAGCUACUGGCCGCAGGUUUGCAUCGAAGACAUUGAUGGCCAGUACACAUCGACGGUGCUUGCUGCGCUGCCGGCCUUUGGCUCCAUCUCGAUCAAUCAUCAUGGCCGGCGCAAUGACGUCCUGCGCAGUCAGAAGAUCAAGUCCAUGCGCGUCUCCUCGCAACUGCACCGCACCAGCCACGGCGUCCUGUGUCGAAUUCCCAUGCAUUGCAACGGCCUCAACCGUAUUCAGGUCGACGACUCAAGUGGGACGCGCCGUGAGCCGCUGCAAUCGCCUGUGCGGCCCAGUACGUACGUCACGCGCAUAGCCCUCACCGCAGCGGUCGACGAUGCGCUUGCAAGCGAGUGCUGGCUACCAUCCUCACAGCGUGGCUCUCCAACGUAG